CUUGCUCACCAUGGUGGCACUGCCAGGUUUUCUCCUGCUCCUAUGGAUUGUAAAAGGAGUUGUGCCCUCACAUCCUCAGGGGAAGCCAACUUGGCCAACCUACAAGGUGCCCGUCGUUCUACCCCAAUUAACCAUCCCUUUGGACAAACCCCACUUUGGCUCAGAAGCCCAGCUGGAAGUGGUCUCCCCGUGUGGCCCAUCUUGCCACAAACGUUUCCCGCCCCCCACGUAUGAAGAAGUGAAAGAUUAUUUGUCCUACGAGACGUUGUACUCCAAUGGAUCCCGCACCGAGACUGAGGUGGGCAUCUACAUUGUUAGCAGGACCAACACAGGGGGACAGAGCCGAUCGCGGACAAAGAGACAAAUCUACGGCUACGACACCAGGUUUAGUAUUUUUGGCAAGGACUUCUUGCUGAACUACCCGUUUUCUACUUCCGUGAAGUUGUCCACGGGAUGCACCGGAACGUUAGUGGCUGAAAAACACGUCUUGACGGCUGCUCAUUGCAUCCAUGAUGGGAAGAGUUACGUCAAGGGAGCCAAGAAGCUACGGGUUGGGUUCCUGAGACCCAAGCCGAAAGAUGGCGUCAAAAGGACCAAUCACAGUAGUGCCCUUGAGCCCGAGAAAAUGAAGUUCCAGUGGAUUCGGGUGAAACGGACACAUGUUCCUAAAGGAUGGAUCAAAGGGAAUGCCAACGACAUUGGCAUGGAUUAUGACUAUGCCCUGCUGGAGCUGAAGAAACCCCAUAAGCGAAAGUUCAUGAAGAUUGGAGUGAGCCCAACAGCACGUCAGCUGCCCAAAGGAAGGAUUCAUUUCUCGGGCUAUGACAAUGAUCGGCCUGGAAACUUGGUUUACCGCUUCUGUGAUGUCAAAGAUGAAACGUACGAUCUCUUGUAUCAGCAGUGCGACGCCCAGCCAGGGGCCAGCGGUUCCGGAGUCUACGUGAGGAUGUGGAAGAGACAGAAUCACAAAUGGGAGCGUAAAAUUAUAGGGAUAUUCUCAGGGCACCAGUGGGUGGACACCAAUGGAUCCUCCCAGGAGUACAACGUGGCCGUUCGCAUCACUCCCCUCAAAUACGCACAGAUUUGUUUCUGGAUCACGGGGAACUACCAACAGUGUAGAGAUGGAUAGAACCAAUCGAGGUCCUAGAGAGGCUUCAGCGGCUUGCUGGGGAGGGGUAGGGAAAGGGAGAGGCAUGGUGGAAAGCAUACGCCUAACAGCUCUGUGGGCACAGUUCUGUUUUUAGAAAUGCCAGGGUGCAAGGAGUUGACCGGGAGUAUAACCAGAUUAGUGUUUGGCAAUAAGGCACAGUGUCCGCGCCAUGACACAGAUCCUGGACUUUUCCUUAGUUUUCGCCUUAGGAUAAGCAAUAGCGGAGGUAAAAGGGAUGGGGCUGAAGCAAAGUAUCUGCAUCCCCCUUUUUGCACCCUCUUUUAGGAUGGGCCAUUGUUCAUCAACGGGGAUAUUGAUUGGCUGACUCUUCCAUCAUUCUGUAGUGCAGGAUUGGCUAGCUCUGAUAGGAAGGCAACUAGAGAGAGACACGGGCAUCCGUUUUUAAAUCCAGUGAUGCCAAAAUAGCAAAUAGAGGAUUGUGACAUCACAAUGCAAGCUCUGCACUUCUGGAUGUGUGUUGUAUCAUCAGUUAUUAGUAUAUAAGGAGACUAUUAAUUUACUUUGGGAUGUCAUGAUACACUUUUCACCAUUCCCUUUUCCUAUGUGGUUAGAGAUUUUCCACAGUGGUGCUUCUCCUUCUCUUCCUCCUCCUCCUCCUCCUCUUCCUCUUCCUCCUUCUCCUCCUCUUCCAUUCUUCAAUUCCCAAUAAGAACCAACAAGACGUAGAAAUGGGAUGCCAAAAGUUCUU